UGUGGCAGCACACAACUGGUACACUUGGGGACUGUCCAGGUCAAACUGCUGUGAAACCAUGGCAAAGCAUUGGAGUGCCACCUCUUUAGUGGCGCUAGCACUGCUAGGGUGCUUAGUUUGGACAGAGACAGAAGCUCAGAUGUCAAAGGGCUCUCCACCUCCUCAGGCACCAAAGAUUCUUCCACGCCCUCAGCCGCCACAAGUCCUUCCACCGCCCAAGGAUCCUCAAUAUCCUCAGCCGCCACAAGUCCGUCCACCGCCCAAGGAUCCUCAGUAUCCUCAGCCACCACAAGUCCUUCCACCGCCCAGGUAUCCUCAAUAUCCUCAGCCACCACAAGUCCGUCCACCGCCCAAGGAUCCUCAAUAUCCUCAGCCACCACAAGUCCGUCCACCGCCCAAGGAUCCUCAAUAUCCUCAGCCUCCACAAGUCCGUCCACCGCCCACGUAUCCUCAACAUCCUCAGCCUCCACAAGUCCGUCCACCGCCCACGUAUCCUCAACAUCCUCAGCCACCACAAGUCCUUCCACCGCCCAAGGAUCCUCAAUAUCCUCAGCCUCCACAAGUCCGUCCACCGCCCACGUAUCCUCAACAUCCUCAGCCUCCACAAGUCCGUCCACCGCCCACGUAUCCUCAACAUCCUCAGCCACCACAAGUCCGUCCACCGCCCAAGGAUCCUCAAUAUCCUCAGCCUCCACAAGUCCGUCCACCGCCCACGUAUCCUCAACAUCCUCAGCCACCACAAGUCCUUCCACCGCCCAGGUAUCCUCAACAUCCUCAGCCACCACAAGUCCUUCCACCGCCCAGGUAUCCUCAACAUCCUCAGCCACCACAAGUCCGUCCACCGCCCACGUAUCCUCAACAUCCUCAGCCACCACAAGUCCGUCCACCGCCCAAGGAUCCUAAACAUCCUCAGGUAUUCCAUGAUCAGGUGCAGCAGGUCCCUCAACGGCAGCACCCUGGAGUGCCACAGACACCAAAGGAGAGUGAGCCUGUCCAGAGUUGUGAGGUGGCUGCAAGUGUGAGAAUACCGUGCGGACAUCCUGAUAUCUCUGCAGCUGGAUGUGAAGCCAUAAACUGCUGCUUUGAUGGCCGACAGUGCUACUUUGGAAAAGCAGUAACUGUCCAGUGCACAAAGGAUGCCCAGUUCAUUGUGGUAGUGGCCAGAGAUGCUACUCUGCCCAACAUUGACCUUGAGUCAAUCUCACUGGCGGGAGAAGGUCAAGGCUGUACUCAUGUUGACUCUAAUUCACACUUCGCCAUCUACCAGUUUCCUGUUACUGGCUGUGGCUCUGUUGUUAUGGAGGAGCCUGGUGUCAUAAUCUAUGAGAACAGGAUGUCCUCCUCAUAUGAGGUCGGAGUUGGGCCUCUUGGAGCCAUUACCAGGGACAGCUACUUUGAAUUGCUCUUCCAGUGUAGGUACAUUGGCACUUCUGUUGAAACUGUGGUUGUAGAUGUUGCGCCAUUACAAGAUCCUCCUCUACCAGCUGUUGGUCUGGGACCCAUCAGAGUGGCGCUGAGGUUGGCUAACGGACAGUGCUAUACAAAGGGUUGUAAUGAAGUGGAUGUGGUCUAUAGCUCUUUCUUUACGGAGGCAGACUAUCCUGUGACCAAAGUACUAAGGGACCCAGUGUACGUGGAGGUUCAACUACUGGAGAGGACAGAUCCCAUGCUUGUCCUGACUCUUGGUCGCUGUUGGACAACCAUAAGCCCCAACCCUCACAGUUUGCCCCAGUGGGACAUUCUGAUAGACGGGUGUCCAUACAGGGAUGAUCGCUACUUGUCCUCACUGGUUCCAGUUGAUGCCUCCUCUGGCCUGGACUUCCCAAGUCACUACAGGCGUUUCCUUUUCAAAAUGUUUACCUUUGUGGAUCCCGGCUCACUAACACCCAUGAGGGAACAGGUGUACAUCCACUGCAGUACAGCUGUGUGCAGCCCUGUACCUGGAGGCUCCUGUGAGCCAUCAUGCUACAGAAAAAGUAGAAAAAGGAGAGAUGCCAAGGCUGUGGACCAGAAGAGGGAAGAGCCAAAGGUUGUGGCCUCUGUUGGACCUGUGAUCAUAGGCGCCCCUGAGGAAGAGUAAACAGUGCAGAGUUUCAAGAUCAAGGAUUUGGCUUAGAAUGCAAAAGAUCUGAAACAUGCUUUAACAUGAUUUAGUUACUAGUAUUGUGGAAUGAAUCCCCAAAUUAUUGUAGUAAAAACGGUAUUAAAAAUGGCUUUGAUGUGCUGUAAAUGCCUUCUGAUUAUUUAUGUGCAUAUUAUACUUAAUACUGAACUUUAUACUCAACUGUCAUUUAACAUGACUCCUAAAUUAAUUUAAAAAAACCUGUUCUUUAAAUGUUUACUGUACAUAGUAUAUAGUAGCUAUUCCAUUUGAUCCUAUUGUCUUGAUGAGAUCUCAGAAUUAGACAUUAGAAAUGUUCAACUGAUCUCAUAAAAUUCAUAUCUUACCAGUACUGAAUCUGUGAUCUCCUUUCUUGUCCAUAAUGUAUCAUUUAGCGUUUUACGCAAAAUCCAAACAUUUUUCAAGUGACUCCUCAUCUUGUGUAGGGUUGUAAGAAGGGAACAUUCUUAUUUUUUGUUAAAUGUAUUUUACAUGGUAUUUUACUCAAAUUUUG